AUGUACCACGUGGUCGGUUUGAGUACGAGACCUGUAUUUGUCGUGAUCGCGUCGUGCGAAAAACGGCUCUCCGGGCGGGGUGACCGCGAAGGGCAGUUCGGUACGUUAUGGGGAUCUGUCUCACCCCUAGCCACAACGUCGUCUAUCAAUCGCGCUAGACAAGUGAACGGCGUUCUAGUGGUGGGGAGGGGGUGUGAGAGAGAGUGUGAGUUGGAAGGCGACGGUGAAGAAGGGGAAAAAAAACGUUUCUGA